AAAAAAAGUUAAACGGAGACCAGCACACUGAAGUCAUCGUCCUCUUCUUUAUCAAAUGAAAAUAGAUUAACAGAGAACAUCAAAUCUAUCCCUCUUUUUUUCCACGAAAGUCGAAUCUGUCUUCUUCAUUUCUUAUACCCUUUACCCAUUUCACCGGAAAACCAUGUCGGAUUUGUGCGGUCCAUGUUGCAGGUGUUUUUGUAGCUUCACCUUUACUUUAGGCUUAACAGCGCUUUUUAUGUGGCUAAGCUUACGUCCUUCAAAACCUAAAUGCUUUCUUCAACAAAUCUACAUUCCUACCCUUAACCAGACAUUAAAUACCACUCUUUUUUUCGAACUAAAGCUAGAAAACACCAACAAAGACAAAGGCGUUUAUUACGAUCCAGUGAAUGUAACAUUCUUUGAUAGUCCUAAUAGGACUCACUUAAUUGGCAAUUUCACUAUCCCAAAAUUUUAUCAGGGGCAUAAGAAGAAAGCCAUGAAACCUGGUCAAAUUAAUGAUACCAGGCUUGAUAGGAAAGCGGUUUUGCGGGCGGUUUCUAAUGGGUUGGCUGUUUUCCGAGUAGAUAUAUCGACUUCGGUGAGGUAUAAGAUUUUGGCAUUUGCGACUAAACGACAUCGGAUCAGCGUUGGAGCUUAUGUGAAUAUUAGUGAUCAAGGUACUCAAGUUAAUUAUAAUCCUAAAAAGCCAAUAAGAUUAUCUUCUAGUGUAGACAAGAUUGGAAGUAGUCGUUUUGGAAAAAUUGGGAUUUUUUUAAUUCAGUUUUUGGUUUUUGGUUUGAUAGAUUUGUGGUGAGUUAAUUUUUAAAUUUAGAUUUUUUUUUUUUGGGGUAUUUGUAUUUUGUUGUUUUUGAGGAAUUGUAUUAUUCUUAGUGUUUCAUCAUUCAUGUAUUGAAAAAUUGAAAUGUUACCUUUUGGUAGAUUAAUUGGAAUGCUAUUUUAUGAGUUA